AUGGGAAAUGGUUCAGUGAAACCCAGGUACCUGAAGAGGCCAGACAGCCAUGUCGGAAGUUGUCCUUUCGGUUGUUCCCGUUGCAGCAAGGUCCUGAAAGACCCAGGGUUGAGUAUCAGUACCAUCACAGGUGCUGCGGAUAUUCUGAGAAGCAAGAUCUGGGAACUUGAAAAAGAACUGAAGAGGCAGGAGGAAGAGUUACACGAAAGGAACUAUCACAUCCUCGAGCUCCAGGAGCAACUCGCCAAGCAAACGAGGACCAUCUCAGAUCUUACUGAGGAGCUCAAGUGUAAAUGCAUCCAACUGAACAAGCUACAAGAUGUUGUGGUCACCCAAGGGACAAAUCCUUUCCUGUUUUCCACCCUUAUAGAGACACCCAGGGCCAGCCAAGUGGCAGGCAACAACAGGAGGAGGGGUGCAAAGGAAGGGGUGUCUGCAGAGCCAACCACCCGGACAUAUGACCUAACUGAGCAACCUCGGUUUUCUUUUGAAAAAGCCAGAGUCAGGAAGGCCUCCAGCGAGAAAAAGCUAAUCACGGAUGCUCUGAGUAGAAACCAGUUUCUGAAAAGGCUGGACCCACAGCAGAUCAGAGAUAUGGUAGAAUGUAUGUACGGAAGAACAUACCAGCAAGGAAGUUACAUAAUCAAACAAGGAGAACCUGGAAAUCAUAUAUUUGUACUGGCAGAAGGUAGAUUGGAGGUUUAUCAGCAUAACAAAUUUCUGUCAUCAAUUCCUGUGUGGACGGCAUUUGGGGAAUUAGCUAUUUUAUACAAUUGCACAAGGACAGCCUCCGUGAAAGCUGUCACCAGUGUGAAAACAUGGGCAUUAGACAGAGAGGUUUUUCAAAAUAUCAUGAGAAGAACAGCUCAAGCAAGGCACGACCAAUAUAGAAACUUUCUGAGAAGUGUUUCUUUACUGAAGGAUUUACCUGAAGAUAAACUAACCAAGAUUAUAGACUGCUUGGAAGUGGAAUACUAUGACAAAGGUGACUGCGUUAUCCGUGAGGGAGAGGAAGGAAGUACCUUCUUUGUUAUAUCCAAGGGAAAG